CCAAAUCAAGUGAUAAUGGCGUCGAUAAUUAAUAUCGAUAUGAUUACAGGCCAGAAAAUGCCAGCUCUGGGCUUUGGCACUUGGCAGGCUUCUGAGGAAGAGAUAAUAAAUGCUAUGGAGGCAGCUCUAGAGGCGGGAUAUCGACACAUCGAUUGUGCCCCGGUGUAUCAAAAUGAAGAAGCGAUUGGAAGAGUCCUGAAGAAGUGGCUGGACUCGGGGAAGAUCAAGCGAGAUGAUCUGUUCAUCGUAACAAAACUGCCACCAACGGGCAAUCGUCCUGGGGGUCCCGAGAGAUAUUUGAAGAAAUCGUUGAAGGAUCUCCAGCUGGAGUACGUGGACAUCUAUCUGGUCCAUUGUCCUUUUGGCUUUCAGGAAGCUGGGGAUGAUCUCCAUCCGACUGAUGACCAGGGAAAUUGUCUCAUCGACAAAAGUACAGAUCACGUCAAGGUGUGGGAGGACAUGGAGAAAGAGGUGGCCGCUGGGCGAGCUAGAGCUCUUGGUUUAUCCAAUUUUAAUAUUAAACAGAUUAAACGAGUGAUGGAUGAUGCGAAAGUACCUGUGGCUAAUCUACAGAUUGAAUUACACGCGUACCUUCAACAGGAUGAACUGGUAAAUUUCUGCAAGUCAAAGGGAAUAGCAGUGACAGCAUAUUCUCCUCUGGGAUCUAGGGGAUUGGUACAGCUGUUGGGAAAAACUGAGACAAUCUCCAACAUCUUGGAGAACAGUACAAUCUUGAGAAUUUCCGAGAAGCACCAGAAAACUCCAGCCCAGAUUGCCCUCAGGUUUAUAAUUCAGAGAGGAAUUGCUGCCAUUCCAAAAAGCACAAAUAAGGACAGAAUGAAGAAAAAUAUUUCUAUAUUCAGUUUUGAACUCGAUAAAAGUGACAUGGAGGAACUCAGAGCCCUGGACCAGAGCCCCAGUGGCAGAGUCUGCGAUUUUUCAUUCAUGAAAGGAAUUCGUAAUCAUCCGGAAUUUCCAUUUUAAUUCCCUUCACUCAAAUUUGAGAAAACCAUCUGUUUAUGAGUCACGAAUGAGUCAUAAGUUAAUAGAAAUGUUUUCGAGAGGUUUCUACGAAUCUAACAUAAAUAGACACAUUAUGGUAAUUACAUUUUUCGUAGAUCUCAUUAGGUUCUACGAAAAAGGUUUUAAUGAAGAUUUUUAUAGCUCUUGAAGGUUCGGGGAUAUUCAUCGAAAACGUGAUAACAGAAUAGAUCGAUUUAUUGUUUAUUAUUAUUAUUAUUAUUGAGUGGUUUUAUUGUUAUUAAAAAAUUGAAUACCUGUGGGUAACUGAGGAGAGACUGGGGAAAUUGUUUUGCGGGGAGUUUGAGAUUUUAUUUGACUUGAAAAUGUUGAUUCAGGUCAAUGAGUGAAAGCGCAAUAUUCGAGAUGAUCAUUUUCUCUUCAAUUUAUUCGUUAUUUAUUUUUUUUUGUUGUAUUUACCGUUAUCAGCUGAUCCGCGAACCGUUACUUAUCAGAAAAAAUGUCUUCUUCAAUUUUUCGUGUUUAAACAAUAAUCCUUUUUAUUCACUAGUGUGUGGGGAUCGAUUUCAAUUAUUACUCCAGCAUUUUUCAUGUGGAACAACGAAAAAUUAUCUAUUCUCUACGAAAUGUUAUUGUUAUUGUCGUUAUUGUUAACUUAAGGUUAUGUUGAUACUAAUUUUCAUAAAUAUGGGGCUAAUCUCCAUGGACGACAAUUUUAUCAACAAUAAUCGUAAUUAUCGUAACAUUACUCGUAAUUAAUAAUAUAUUUCAUGAAAUUUUGAUAAAAUAAUAACAAUAAUGAUGUACAACAA